AUGUCUUCCUUCGCGCUGAAAACUACAUCGCCUCGAGAGGACAUCCGUACAUGCGAUCCGACCAAAUCCUCGAACCCGGUUAAGAAACAAGAAAGGUCAUCAUCCCUCCGCCCGGAAAAACCACGCAUAAAGCACCAAGAUGCUAUCACGAGUCUCCCCUCGCCGAGAUGCACCCCUAUCCGAGCGACGAGAUCGGAAAGAAUCUGGGAAUCAUGCGAAGACAGAUCGCCAUGCAUCUCCAAUGCUCAUUCUCGAUCAGGAGAUAUUCGAGAUCAUUGCCGAUAUUCGAAGAACUCCCCUGACAAGCCGCCUAUCCGAGACAGAAAUACACAUCGCCGGAAGAACAAAGCGCGCACUUCUGCCAAGCCCUCGCCGAACACUGCGCGGCGAUGCCCUAACAUGGUUCAGCAACCUCCGGCCGACUCCAUCGACAGCUUCGACGAUCUAGCAGCCGCUUUCCUAAAGCAACACCUCCGUUUCGCACUAGACGACCUCGUCUUUUGCAAAACCGAUGAUGAUACGAUCUAUGGUCUCGGCAAAUUCGGCCGACUGGGAAGGACCAUUCCGCAUCGCGAAAGUCGUCAAACCAGGAGUCUAUCAGCUAGAAGACAACCUAGGCAUCACGUCCGAUCGCCUCUGGAGCUCGUCGGAUCUGCGCAAGUUCCAUGA